AUGUCAAAUUCGGGCGGCAAGCAGCGACAGUCGAACAACUCGCCCUUUUCUGGCGCACAGGCGGCUCAUACGCUCGGACCGAAUAUUCCAUCUUCUGUGUAUCCGAAAGACACGGUACGCGAUGUAGCUGAAUCUUUGGGCAUCACGAACAUGCGCGACAAUAUUUGCGUGGCACUCGCGACGGAUAUCGAAUACCGUAUUCGAGACAUUGUCGAAAGCGCGUCCAAAUACAUGAAGCACGCGAAACGAACGCGCAUGACAACCGCAGACAUCGAUAAUGCACUGCGUCAGAAAAACAUCGAGCCUCUGUACGGCUUUUUCCCUCCAUACACGAGCGGCCAGAAAAACGGACCGUGGUUUCGUUCAGUCCCAACGCCAUCAGGCGCUCCACUGUAUGUGAUGGAAGACGAGGAAAUCAACUUUGACAAUAUUUUAGAGCAUGGUCCGCGUGUCGGCGUGGGUCGUGGCGUCGGUUGGCAUGCGCAUUGGCUGGCCAUUGAAGGCAUUCAGCCGCCGAUUCCUGAGAACCCCGUGCCGCUCGCGCGCAAGAUGGGCACGACGACCGCCGCUGAUGAUGCAUCGCUCACAGAUGCUGGAGAGGCUGCUGCUGAGCUUGGCAAUACGGCCGUCAAGCCUCUUGUCAAGCAUGUGCUAUCGCGUGAAUUGCAGUUGUACUACGAGCGUCUGACGUCCUCGAUUCUGAGCCCACCGACUGAUGCCAAGAAGGAGUCCGACGUGUCACUUCCCCAAGACAUUGUGCCACUAUCACAAUACACUUCGCUUUCCAGCGGCAAUCUGGUUCGUGAUGCAGCGCUGGCGAGUCUGCGUGGUGACGCAGGUAUUCACCAGCUGGUGCCGUACCUUAUCCAGUGGGUAGGCUCUAACGUGAUCCAUGCACUACGGGCCGACAAGGAAGACAAAAAGACGGCCGAGGCACAACAGGGUAUGCUCGAGCUCCUCAGCACAAUGUUGAGCACGUUGCAUGCCUUGCUCAUUAACCCGUCCAUUUUUAUCGAGCCCUACCUCCACCAAUUGAUGCCAUCUGUUCUCUCGAUCCUACUGGCUACGUACUUCACACCCAAUGAAACGCCCGUCGAGGCGUCCAUCGAGACGCAGGCGUACCGUCUUCGCCUGUACGCAGCGGCGCUGCUCGCGCAUAUUAUUGACCACUUUGCUGAGUUUUAUCCCACGCUCAAGUCGCGAGUCGUGGCAACACUGGUCCAAGCCCUGCUUUUGCAUGUGGACGAUGGCUCGGCCAAGCAGGUACCGGAUGCAUCAGGCUCGAUAGACGCCAAGCUCGGCGCGCUGAUGGGCCUCCGACGUCUGGGCCCGUCCAGUUUCAAGACCCUCUUGGGCCCUGUGCCAGUCCAGUCAGCUGAUGCAGCCCAUACAGAACUGAUCCCCCUGCGUGUAAUGGGCACGUGGCUGGCAGAAAAUCAGGACGCCACGAAGCGCAUCAUGCAGGAGAUCACGACAGGACUGCGUGAGCUUGACACGGACGUAGCCGAGCCGGAUCCUGAGGCCGUAAAGACAGUAUACGGCGCGUUUUGGACCGAUGUCCUUGACAAGGAGCUGUUGGCCGUACUGGCUCACUACCAUACACUCAUUGCUUCGUAG